AGUGCUUGUUGCGUGGAUCGUGGGUAGGAUGGCCGUAGGCAGGCGCUUUCUAAGGCAGCUGCGAGCAUCUUCCAGUUCUAUGGCUCAGAGCCUGCUCGAGGGCGUGCCCCUCUCCAAGGUUCUGCACGCGAGGCUCGGGCCCCGAAGGCUCUCCAUCGAAGGCAACAUUGCUGUGGGAAAGUCUACCUUUGUGAAGUUACUCACGAAAAGUUACCCAGAGUGGCACGUAGCUACAGAACCUGUAGCAACAUGGCAGAAUGUCCAGGCUGCUGGCACGCAAAAAGCCUGCAUUACCCCAAAUCCUGGAAACUUGCUAGAUUUGAUGUACCGGGACCCAGCACGAUGGUCCUUCACAUUCCAGACGUUUUCUUUUUUGAGCCGCCUGAAAGUACAGCUGGAGCCCAUCCCUGAGAAAGCCUUACGGGCCAACAGAGCAGUCCAGAUCUUUGAGAGGUCUGUGUACAGUGACAGGUAUAUCUUUGCAAAGACUCUGUUUGAAAAUGGUUCCCUCAGUGACGUGGAGUGGCAUAUCUAUCAGGACUGGCAUUCUUUUCUCCUGCAGGAGUUUGCCAGCCGGCUGCAAUUACAUGGCUUCAUCUACCUUCAGGCUACUCCUCAGGUUUGUUUGAAGAGACUACACCAGAGGGACAGGGAAGAAGAGAGAGGAAUUGAGCUGGCGUACCUCGAGCAGCUUCAUAGUCAACACGAAGCCUGGCUUGUUCACAAGACCACCAAGCUCCACUUUGAGACUCUGCUGAACAUUCCAGUGCUGGUGUUGGAUGUCAAUGAUGAUUUUUCUGAAGAAGUAACCAAACAAGAAGAACUCAUAAAAAAGGUGAACACCUUUGUAAAUGCUCUGUAACCAGUGCCAGGUUGUUGUGGCUGUGAUCUGGGCCCUCGGAGUUUCUGAAGCUGGAAACCACCUUCCAUCCCACCCCGUCUCCUUCACUCCGGGAGUGCUCUGCCUCUUCACUGGGCGGUUUCCGACCUCGGACUUGGCCGUGCUCUUCCUUUGUGUC